AACAUGUCGUCUGCACCCUGCAUCGUUGGCACCAUGGUUGGCACCCGGUUAUGUUGACGAACAAGCCGUUAGCCCGUGACCAACCGCCUUAACAUUGCCAUAUGAAGCUCGCUUUGUGAAAUACAUGUGAUGGCGAAGUAACUGUUGGGCGAAACACCGUAUGGAAGAAACGGCUUAACCGAGAGAGCCUUUGAGGGCUAUGCCCAUUGGAAUGUCGAUAUGUCCUGGUUGGGCGGCACACUGUCGUCACUCACCAGCCAGAUAUCAAAUCUGACGAGCGAAGUUCUGCUCGAAGGACGAGAAGAAUUGGACGACCAAGGCGCCCAACUGCAGCUGUUUAAAGGCCGUCUAGAACAGCUCGAGGGUUGCAAUGCCACUCUUCGUAAAGAGGUCGAGCGCCUUCGGUCGGCCAACGCCGAACUCGAGGACCGCUGCCACGCCACCGAGCUGCAGCUGUGCGCCGAGCGGCGGUCCAGGGCGGAGGAAGGACGCCGGCGCAGCUGCAACCCCGACGGUGACCACGACCACGUCAGCAAUGGAGAAGGAAACGAGCUACCUUUGCUCUUGGAGCAGCAGAGGGAUCGCAUCCAGGAGCUCGAGAGGGCGCUUUCUGAGGCUGCUAUUGAGCGGCAGGAAGAAGUGGCCACCCUGCAGAGUCACCAUGCGAGGCAGCUCGCCGAGGCACGGCUUCAACAGCAGCAGAACAUGGCUGCAGAAGCUGACGUGCCAUCAUCACAGCAAACGUCAAGCGCUGACCCACAAGUGCCCAAACCAAAUGCCCCCGUGAGUGCGGAGCUGUUGAAGAAAAGAGAAUCAAAAGAUGGUGCCUGCCAGACUGAUGUUGUGCCUGAUAGUGUGGUCAAGCAGUUGCUUCAGGAAAAGCAGCAGUUGGAAGCAAGCCUUGUGGAGCUGGACCAACAGAAUCAGGCAACCCUUUCACAGUUGCUGGCCUUAAAAACAAAACUCGAGGACGAAAACCGCCACCAAGCCAAGGAGCUGAGGAAGCUAAAGGAGCUUGAGAACUAUCGAAAGCCAGUCUCGUGUCAAGCCUCGCAGACAGACUCCACACCACUCAGAACUGCUUCGGUUGAGACAGAAAGCUUCACUACAUUUACUACCUUGUCUUCAACAGGUGUACAGACUGAACUUGUCACAGAAACAUCCCGAGAGUCCCCAGAACAGCACUUGGCAGGUUUCAAGUUGGAAGCUAGACUGCAGGAGAAUUGCCAAGCCAAGGAGGAGCAUGACAGAAACCUUGAUGAGGCCAGAGAGAAGUGCGUUUGGCUUGAGCAAGAGCUUGCCAGCCGCAGCGCUCGAGAGGAAGAGCUGGAAAAGAAGCUACAGGAACUGACGGCCAGUGUCAAAACGGCCGCCACCAAUGACGUCUUCGGCGAGCGUCAAGAAGGAGACGGAGCCGCGGCGCAGGACACCUCCACAACGGCCAUGGCCAGCAUGGAGGAGCGCCUCCGCAGCCUGCAGGCCGACAAGGACCGCAUCCUAUCGGUGAUGAAUGAAAAGUCACGCGAGAGUAGCUCGCUUAAGGCCGAGGUGCACCGGCUGCUGGGUGUAGUCGCCCAGGAGCGGCAGGCGGCAGCCAAGCUGCGUCGCGAGAAGGAGCAGCAGGUGGCCACAGCGGGUUCCCGGGAGAGCGAGGACACCGAGCUGACGCGGCAGGCCCUGCGCAACCUCUCGCAGCUCGUGCGAGACCGCGAGCUUGAGGUCGAGGCAGAGAAGCAGAAGAACAGCACGCUUCUCCAGCUCCUGCGGCAGUGCUCGCCGGUCGACCAGGACCAGCUUCAGGAGCUGCUGGAGGAGCGCGAGUCGCUCGCUCAGCGAGCUGCCCUUGCCGACGAGGAGCAGGGCCGCCUCAAGGUGGUGCUGCAGCAGAAGGAAGGGGAGCUGAGUGACCUGCGAGCAGAGGUGGACCGGCUCACUCUUGACUUGGGGCUGGUCCGGCUGGAGGUGGACUCUGUCACGCAGAAGCUGGAAGAAAAGACAAGCGCGCUCGCGGCUGUGCGGGAGGAAGCCCUCGCACUGAGGCAGCGGAUAGCAGAGCUGGAAAUGCGUGUGCGGGAGCACCAAAGGGACCAGCUUGUUCAACAGCAUAGUGAAAGCCAAAGUUCACAAGAUGCCGAGGAAGACAAAGCGGACAGUGAGUCACACAAGUCUCUCUCGAAGUGCAGUUCAGGUGGUGUGGAGCCUGUAGGCGGUCUGUCUUCUGGAGCCUUAGUGCAGCACUGGCAGACGCAAGCAGAGCAAUAUCAGAAGCAGGUUCAAGAGUUGCAAUUGAAAGAGGCUAAAUUGAGCAAAGAACUGGAACGGCUCCGGACCCAUCUUAUUCAGAUGGAAGAAAGCUAUACUCAAGAGGCACUUCAGGCUGAGUCUCGGGAAGAAAGUCUUCGAACCCGCUUGAUGAAACUGGAAGAGUGGGCACGGGUUUCUGAGUCUGCAGCUCAGAAUGCCACGGAACAGGCGAGUCAGCAAGUGGGCAACCUUGCGCAGCAAUUGGCCCAGGCCCAGUCACAGCAAUCUGCGCUAGCUGAAGAACUGCGUCACAGCAAAGCCUCGCUUGCCAACCUGCAGUUGGUGCUGGACCACUUCCAGACAGAGAAGGACAGAGAGAUUCAGUUGCUGCGCUCCUCAUACGAGUCCCAGCUGUCCUUGGAGAGGGAGAAGUCUCGGCAGCUUGUUGCCCUGGUGACCCAAAAACAGGAGCAACUAGAAGGAAGCAGAGAUGCUCUCGAAGCCGCUGAGCGCCUCAGCCAGCAGCUGGACCGUCGAGAGGAGGUGAUAGCGGCGCUCAAGCAGCAACUCUCAGAGCGGGAAGCUGAGAUGGAGAGGAUACGUCAAGAGGUGCACGUUGUCCGUAGCACGACGGAGGGAAAAGUUGACAAGCAGAUAAUGAAGAGUUUAGUGCUGGGCUACUUCAGCAGUCCCCAAGGUCAGCGUCCAGAAGUGGUCCGACUACUGGCUCGUGUGUUGGACUUCAGCCGAGACGAAAUGGACAAGGCUGGCAUCAGCCUGGGUUCUCAAGAUGGCAGGAUCCACAUAGGCUGGAUUUCCGGCUUCUUUCGGAAGUCCACCGGAGCUGGCACUGGCACCGGUGCCAUAUCCAGGCCACUUAACCGAGAGUCCUUUUCGGCACUGUUUGUCAAGUUCCUGCAGGAGGAGUCCGAGCCUCAGAAAGAGGUGCGCUUACCCGUGGAGGCCAUGGCUUUAGGAACCGUGUCCCGGCUGCCAGCAAUCAAAGCUGCUCCUAAAGCAGCAGCCACCAAUACACCGCACCUUUUGCUGCAACCGAUCUCGGAGUCCCUGCCAACUUUAGCUCCAGUGACACUGGCACCUGAGGAUUCCAAGAGCAGCGCCACCAACUCUACUGCAUUCCUCCAAGAAAUGCUCAGCUGAGCCUAGCAAGCCGUGGUGCUUUCUCUGCACUCAGCUUGAAAAUAUUUGCCUCGGCCCACUGCACGAUGACUCUUUUUUAGAAUAUAUGUUAUUUUUGUAUGUUGUGUCA